AUGACCCGAGGAGAUUUGAGUCACCACCGGCAGUCUGUCCAUGCCGCUGCAAGUCACAAUGGCAGAGUGAAGAUGGGGGACUGGAACUUCCUUGGGGGCAUUUUGGAGGAGGUGCACAUCCACUCCACUAUGGUGGGAAAGAUCUGGCUCACCAUCCUCUUCAUCUUUCGCAUGCUGGUGCUCGGCGUGGCGGCGGAGGACGUGUGGAACGACGAGCAGGCCGACUUCAUAUGCAACACCGAGCAGCCCGGGUGCAGAAACGUCUGCUACGACCUCGCUUUCCCAAUCUCCCUCAUCCGCUACUGGGUGCUGCAGGUCAUCUUUGUGUCGGCCCCCUCCCUGGUGUACAUGGGCCACGCGCUCUACAGGCUCCGGGCGCUGGAGAAGGCCCGGCAGAAGAAGAAGGUUCUGCUGCGGAGGGAGCUGGAGCUGGUGGAUGUGGAGCUGGCAGAGGCCAGGAAGAGGAUCGAGCGGGAGAUGAAACAGCUCGAUCAGGGGAAGCUCAACAAAGCUCCCCUCAGCGGCUCCCUGCUGCGCACGUACGUGGCUCACGUGGUCACUCGCUCUGUGGUGGAAGUGGCCUUCAUGACGGGCCAGUACCUCCUGUACGGCUUUCACCUCUACCCGCUCUUCAAAUGUGAGCGGGAUCCUUGUCCCAAUGCUGUGGACUGUUACGUCUCCAGGCCGACAGAGAAAAGCGUCUUCAUGGUGUUCAUGCAGUGCAUCGCUGGCAUCUCACUCUUCCUCAACAUCCUGGAGAUCGUGCACCUGGGCUACAAGAACGUUAAAAAGGCCAUCCUGGACUACUACCCUCACCUGAGAGACAACAGAGAGGAGAUCGAUGACUACUAUGUCAACAGGUAUAAAAAGGAAUCCGUUGUGCAGAUGUGCCCGGGUGCAGGACGCAAGGCAACGAUCGCCUCUGCUCCCAGUGACUACAACCUCCUGAUGGAGAGGAUGCAGGGCAACAUGUACCCGAACCUUAUCAAACCUUCAACCUUUCUACCUCUUCAGGGCGAUAAGGCCGCUCAGCAGGACUCGGAUGAUUGCAGAUGUUCCGCUAAAAGCCCCCCAGGGCACAUCUGCACCUCGACUACCAAUGAGUCGUCCUCUCCGUGCGGCGACUCCCUGAUGAACCCAACACAGGGGGGUAAGGACUAUUCACAUCCGCCCCCCCAAGGCGAGGAGGAGAGCAGUGAGGGGGGGGGACCAGACUCUCCCAAGUGCCCACAGAUGGCAGCUCUCGCCUCCUCCUUGCCAACGCUGCCCGUGAGCGCGUCCAAGAAACCGUGGAAGGCUCGCGACUCGUUCAAGUGCUUCACGGUGCUGGAGGGUAAAGGCUCGGACACCGAUUCCUACGGGGGGGUGAAAGCCGGCAGCAGACACGCCUCCACGAAAUCAGAUGAGAAACACCCGAGCCGGGCGUCCACCCCCGAGUCGCUGGAUGACUGCAGCUCAGGAUCGAGCCACAACCAGAGAUCGAUGGCAAGUAACACGAGCAGCAAGCGAGCUCCGGAUCUGCAAAUCUGA